AUGUUUUUCUUGAAAGAUUUGUCGCUUAACCUCACGCUGCACCCGUCGUACUUCGGGCCCCAGAUGAACCAGUUCUUGCGGGAGAAGCUACUGACAGAUGUGGAGGGAACAUGUACCGGACAAUUUGGCUACAUAGUGUGUGUGCUAGAUUGUAUGAGCAUUGAUGUUGGGAAGGGCAAAAUUAUUCCCACGGAGGGAAGUGCUGAGUUUGAAGUCAAGUACAGAGCCGUUGUGUGGAAGCCAUUCAAGGGAGAGGUCGUUGACGCCAUUGUUUCCAGUGUCAACAAGAUGGGUUUCAUUGCAGAUGUCGGUCCGCUGAGUGUUUUUGUAAGUACUCAUCUGAUUCCCGGAGAUAUGAAGUACAAUCCUUCGAACACGCCGCCUGCAUACAUGUCUGAGGACCAGCUGAUUGUCAAGGGAAGCAAGGUGCGGUUGAAGAUUGUGGGUACCAGAACUGACGUGAAUGAGAUUGUUGCUAUUGGGAGUAUAAAGGAGGACUUUUUGGGUUCGUUAUGA